AUGUCAUUACAGGGUAAAAUUGAAAUUAAAACAAUUCAACGUAUUAUUGCACCAACUUUUUAUGUGCGUUCAAUUGAUUUGGAUGAGAGUAUGGUUAGAAGAAAUGGAACAAAAUCAACAUUAUCUAUUAAUGUAUCAUUUCCACCAUUUGUAUAUUCGAGUUAUGAUAUUCAAACAAAGAGAAGUUUAAGGUUUGUUCAAAGAUUUGAAAGUGUAAACAAAAAGAAUAGAAUGCAAUUAUUAAUUAUUGAUAAAGACAUGAAAGUUAUUCAUCCUAGUAAUAUUCGUAUACGAAUAAAUAAUGAAACAAUUAGUACAAUUUGUUUUGGUAAUAUCCCAAAGAAAGGAACAGCGUUUAUUGAGGGAAUAGAUAUUACAGAUUUCUUAGUAAUGGGAAAAAAUAUUAUUAAUGUUGAAACACUUUAUGACAAUACUCGUGUUGUGUUAUUUGAAGGACUUUCAUUAACAAUUAAUCAAACUAUAAAUAAAUUACUUCAUGAAAUUCCUCAUGGUAAGUUUGUUCCUGACGUUGAUUUAGAUGAUGACGUAGAUGAUGAAAUAAUAGAAGAACAACAAGUUUUAUCUUUGCGUUGUCCAAUUAGUUUCCAAACUAUUGAAAUUCCAGUACGAGGAAAAAGGUGUUCUCAUUUGAGAACAUUUGAUAUGAAAGCAUUUAUUGAAACUGCACAAAAAUCAGGUUAUUAUGAAUGUCCAUUAUGCUCUGAAUCAAUACAACCUAGUGACUUAAUCAUUGACCAACAAAUGGAAACAAUAUUAAAAGAAAUGAAAGAUAAACCAAAUGUUGAAGAAGUUGUUGUAACUCAAGAUGGCCAAGUACUUCCUAAAAUUGAAGAAAACAAUGAUUCAGGAGAUGACGAAGAAGAGCUCCGACUAUUAAAAAAAGGAAAAGAAAAAAGAGAAAAAGGGUCUGAACCAUUUGGAGAUAAAGCUCUUCAAUUUAAACCUAAUGCACCUCCUCCUUCUAAAGAAAUUUAUUAUGACACACAAAGGGCUCCAUUGCCUAAUCCUUUUAUACCUGAAAAAAGCAGAUAUUUGAAUUUACCUAAUGAAAGAAGAAAUGAAUUUGCUCAACAAAGUCAAAUUUCUCCAUAUUAUUUACCUCCAUAUAAUUCUACUCAAUCACCAUGCCAAGAAAUUCCUUUGGCAAUUCAUCAACAUUAUCUUUACAGUAGCCCUGAAUAUCCUCAACGAAUUUAUAAUUAUCAACACCCUCCUAAUUUUUAUCAACCAUUUACUAUUCCUCCAGAUAAACAACCUUUACCCUAUCAACUUAAUACACCAUUUAAUUAUACAUCUUCAUCAAUAAAUCCACGUUAUCAACAAGUUAGAACAUAUCAAUUUCCACAACAAAUCUCUCCACAAAGACAACACAUUAUUAAUGAAGCAACAAAACCUCAUUCAAUUGUUUCAAAUAAUACGUACAGAAAUAAUUUUCAAAAAGCAAUCAGAAUAGGUAGUAAUACAAAUGUUUUCAGAAAUUAUGACCAAUCUCAACAACAUGAUAAUAUAAUUACAACAACCCAAAAUGAUGAUGCUCUUCCGACAGUAACAUAUUCUUCUCAUUUAAAAACAAUGGGGGGAUCACCUGAUGAUCCAAUUUGUCUAUAA